AUGCAGGACGUGAGGAAACCGAGUCCAGAGGUGUUUGCACAGAGAUCGUUUGUGAGAACUAAAAGAGAUACUACCGGGAACUCGCUCAACACAGAGGUGCACAGUGCCCCGGCGCAGCGCUGGUCCAUGCAGGUGCCGGCGGAGGUGAGCGCGGCGGCCGGCGAGGCGGCCGUGCUGCCCUGCACCUUCACGCACCCGCACCGCCACUACGACGGGCCGCUGACGGCCAUCUGGCGCGCGGGCGAGCCCUACGCCGGCCCGCAGGUGUUCCGCUGCGCGGCGGCGCGGGGCAGCGAGCUCUGCCAGACGGCGCUGAGCCUGCACGGCCGCUUCCACCUGCUGGGCAACCCGCGGCGCAACGACCUCUCGCUGCGCGUGGAGCGCCUCGCCCUGGCCGACGAGGGCCGCUACUUCUGCCGCGUGGAGUUCGCCGGCGACAUCCACGACCGCUACGAGAGCCGCCACGGGGUCCGGCUCCGCGUGACGGCUGCCCCGAGGAUCGUCAACAUCUCGGUGAUGCCCGGUCCCGCGCAUACCUUCCGCGCACUCUGCACGGCCGAAGGGGAGCCUCCGCCCGCUCUAACCUGGUCUGGCCCCGUUCUGGACAACCUCUCGGCUGCCCGGCCGGGCCCGGGUCAGGGUUUCGGCCACCAGGUGACCGCCGAGCUGCCCGCGCUCGCCCAUGACGGCCGCUACACGUGCACAGCCUCUAACAGCUUGGGCCGCGCCGAGGCCAGCGUCUACUUGUUCCGUUUCCACGGUGCUUCUGGGGCCUCAGCACUCACCCUCCUGCUCAGUGCGCUGGGCCUCAAGGUGCUGCUGCUGCUGGGAGUGGUGGCCGCUUACACCACCCACCGCCGCCUAGAGCAUCCAGCCACCCAGGACACCCCACCACGGCCUCAGGCCCAGGAGUCCAAUUAUGAGAAUUUGAGCCAGAUGAGCCCCCGGAGCCUACGGGCAGCCACGUGUUCACCCUGAGGAGCCCCUCAGCCACAGGCUCCACCUGUGCACCGAGAGCUGCAAAGGUCAACGCGAGGCUUGGCUGGGGCAGCCCUUCCUGGCUUUCAGGCACCGUGGCGGCCGCUCUGGGGCUCGGGACCCCACUCACAGGGGCUCAGCAGUCUCCCACAUGGACGGACAUCUGUCUCGGAGCCCCGGCAGUAUUACGUCAGUGGGGCCGGCAUUUUGAAAGAGCGCGUAUACAUCUGAGCAUGUGUGAGCUCCAGUGUGAAACUUCCAGAAGAGCCCCUCUCACCUUUUCUCACCUAGAACAUCACAGUAAAGCGGGCAGGACACUGGUCAUCGCGUCUCGAGGCCCAGACUCCAUCCUGACUCUGUCGCCAACUUGCUAUGUGGCCUAAGGCCCUUUUUUUCUCCAGAGGACCUGGUUUCAGUUCCUCCACUGUGGAGUGUGGACAGUGAUAUUCUCCCCUCCUGGCUGGUAGGACUGUCGGGGUCUGAGGGUCCCAGGGACUCGUGGGGGCACCGGGCUGUCUGCAGAGGUGAGGGCCGUUACAGGCCCUCCUCGAAGAGCUACCUUGGGAAAGGCAGAGAGUUCCUGGCCGUGUGGUGCCCGCAGCAGCCUCGCUGAGAACACGAGUUCCAGAGAACAAGCCGGAACCUGGGGCUUAGGGGCUGGGGCCGUGCAAACCUGGGGCCCCAGAAAGAGCAAGUCAGUGAUGAGAAGGAGCCUGGUGCCUCUGCCCCUGGUGUCUCCUCUGUGAGUGCCCCACCCUUUUCGCCCACCUCUUACCCCAUCAGUAGCUCUAUACUGCCUCGAGCUGGGGCUCCUGGGAAAAGGAAACGAAGCACCAAACACCAUCUCUCAAAGCACCUGGAACCCACUGUCCUCACGGUGGGGAAACCUCAGGGAACAUCGAGGCUGCAGGGUCCCCAUGGACGAAGCAACUGCAGCUCUCGCCUCUCUCUAGGACCUGCACCCCGCGCCCCCACCCCAGGAGGUACAGCAGCUUCACCCCAUUGGCCGAGUCCUGCCAGGCUGAGUUGGCAGGGUUCUGCCUUCCACAUUCACGCUUCAGCGUGAACCUGAUUGCUUCAGCUCCUGCAGUCCUUGGGUCAGGUGGCAGCGGGGAGGUGCGCCUGAGACCAGGGGAGCUUGCCCCCCAGGGGACUGAAGAGGCCAUGGGAACAAACUUGCUUCCCUUCAGAACUUCUCCAAAGGCUGGAAUGGUACCCUACAGUGAGCACAGGGACUCUGUGAUGUUUCCUGCAAGACGGCCUGAAGGUUGAGAGAUCUUUACAAGUUAACGGGCAAGGCAGUGGGUCAUGAGGUUGCCCUCCUUGCCAGGGCCUUCGCCAGGGCAGGCGGGUGAUGGCGGUUGUGGUGCCUGAGCUGUUAAACGGUCAGAGGAGUUGGCAUUCUACCUCCUUACAAAGGAUACUCCGGGGCACCUCAAGGGACAGUCAGUCCCGUAUCAGCAGGGAAGGAGUGAAGGACGCGGGAUCAUGUGUCUUGGAACCUCUACCUGGUCUUCAAGGCCAGGUUCACAGCCCAGAAUAGAGAUAAAAACUAUUUCUUAUGCAUCUGCUGUGUGCUGGGAACUGGGCCGAAUGUUUGGGGGUGCAGCACUGAGUAAGGCGUGCAUCUCAGUCAGGCCGUAGUGACAAGCCAACCCCAAAUCACAAUGGCCAAAGGCAGUGGGAGUGUAUUCUCACUGCGCCAGCUGCCAUCACAGAGCGGCGGGCGGCUUUGCUCACUGAGCUGACUUAGGGCUCCACCGUUUCUAAGGCUGUGGGGCUCUCGGUUGGAGAUUAAAAGCAAGCUCUAGAUGGGGUCUCCUGUUUGUCAUUGUGGUCCACUGGCCAGAAACAGCCGCAUGUCCCACUCGCCCUCGAGGGGCUGGGCAGUGCAGCCCUGCACUGUGCCUGGAAGAACAGCCAGAAAGAAGGCUUGAGGACUGCCCUGAGGACUCCACAGUUAGUGGGAAGUCGUGGAAGGGCAACAGCGUGCUGGGGUGCUAGGGGAGCACAUGACAAAGGGGGUGACUGGCCCAAUCUUGGGAAGGCUUCCU